CAUGUCUCAUUCGUAAACUGCCUCUGUUGUUGUCGGGAAUUUUGUUUUUUAUUCAUUUUUAUCGGGCAUUCCUUUUUUGCCUCCUUAUUUGUUUCGAUGUGGAACUCUUUUAUUUAAGUUACAGACGAUCGCAUUCGCAUGAAAACUAUUGGAAUUGGACUCAUUGGUUGGACGGAAUUAUAUUGACUAUAUUGGAAAGCAGUGAGUGAUUAGAUAGUGGUACUCUUGGUACUGUAACUGUAAAAUUUGCGAUCAAACUUGAUCUAAUCUGUACUGUACAUUGUAAUAACUCAAUGGCAAAGACAAAUACUUGAGGAGAGAACUUCUUCGUGGUCGUCAUCUAACACAAAGCCCAACCAUUGGCAUUGGUGCCUUCUUUGGAGAACAUAAAAACUCAUGAUUAAGAUUUUGUCGAUGAAUAUGAUCAGCACGGCCAAAUUAAUAUGAAAAGUUGAAAGAGAAAAGCAAUAGCCUCAAGUAUAGAAAUCGUAAUGAAGACUGCGAUAGAGGACGAUUAAAUAGACGACAUUUUUUUAAGGAAAAAUGAUGAAAUGGUGCACAUAGAAAUAUUGAGUAUUGAACAAUUACCACCAAAAAUCUGUGUUAUUUGUAACAUUGUUAUCAGUGAUGCCCAAGAUUUGUGCAGACAUUAUCAAGAGCAUCGUCUGAAAUAUCUUAGCAAUAUCGAUGAUGAUGACAUGUCGGAAGAAACUGCAUCAAAUGAUUCAUUCCAGUUGGAUGAAUUUCUAAUUUUUCCCAGCAGCAAAAACCUGUCGCAGAACACACCACAGAGAGAGGAAUCGAAGGUGAAAGGAAAAAGCUCGGAAUCGCUUACAUGUCCAAUUUGCAAUAAAAAGUUUACCCAUUUGUCUUCCCGCAAUCGUCAUGUUAAGCAGCAACACGAACAACAGCAAAGAUUUGAGUGUGAUCUAUGCGACUUAGAUUUCUCGACUCCAUUUAAUCUACGAAAUCAUCAGAAAAAGAUCCACUUUGCCAACUUCGUAAAAAUUGGUAAUGUCAUAAAAUGUCCACAUUGUCCACGUAAAUAUAAAAUAGAGGCUGCUCUGAUUAAGCAUAUACUUUCCACACACAAGAAAGAUAAGCGCCCCAAUGAGGUGUCAGAAUCUCAAGCAGAAGAGUUAGAACCACUGGAUAAUGAUCCACAAAUUUUGGCGGAUAAUGUUCUAAAUGAGCUAAAGCAAUUACACAGUGCCCUUUCAAUAACUGAUGGCGACAAUGGAACAACACUGCAAACAAAUACCGAAAUUGAUGAGGCUUUUGUUGAUCAUGUUAUAAUUAAGGAUCGCCUUAAUCCCCAGAGGAUUGUGGUGGCAAUGUACAAAGUACAGAGAAUCAAAAGAGACAAAUAUUUCUAUUAUAUUUGUGAAUUUUGUGGCAAAGAAUUUCGCAAGGGUAAUGGUUAUUUAAGACAUCGUCGCGUACACACAAAGUAUCGCCCAUAUAUUUGUGUUGUGUGUAAAAAAUCAUUUUCCACACAGACCGAAUUGAAACGUCAUUGUGUGACCCAUAGCCAGGAGGGCAAACAAAAAUUGUAUAAAUGUCCCCAGUGUUGUAAACAAUUUGCCACCAUUGCCCAAUUCGAUAAACAUUUAAGUUUCCAUGCUCCAGAGUCUGUGAUCGUGUUUAGCUGUCAAAAAUGUCCUAAAACAUUUGAUUCAUUAAAUAAGUAUUUGAAACACAGCCACGAGGAAAAUGAUCCUGAGUUGAAUAUGCUUAAAACACUGUUGCCCGAACCACUAUGUCUUUUAAAUGGCACAACAUCAGAAUACUUAUUGCAAGAGAAACUAAAGCCAGCAUUUAAAUGCUUAAUUUGUGGCUUACAAAUGGACAAUUUACUGUCAUUAAAACAGCAUGAGCAACGCCAUAGAAAUUUAUCGAAACAUUGUUGUCGCAUAUGUAAAAGAUUCUAUGCAUCCGAAUUAUCUUUAAGAAUUCAUGCCAGAAUUCAUUCAAGCUUUCGAAAGUUUAACUGUAACCAGUGUAGCCUUACAUUUCGCAGAAGCUAUGAUUUAAAACGUCACCAACUAACAGCCCAUUGUAAGGAAAAGAAUUUCAAAUGUCGCUAUUGUGAUAAACAAUUCAAAACUAAACAGUAUUGCCGUAAACACAUGAUGACACAUCUUAAACAACUGAUUGAAUCAAAUGAACAGAAACAGCUGAAUAGGACACGGUCGGUGCAAGCCAUUAUACAUACGAAUGAAUCUGAAAUUGUUGUAAGUGAAAUAAAAAUGCCAGUAAAAAAUCUAAACUCCAACAAAUCACUGGACCUACAAAAGGAAAAACAAAUGCUAUAUAGUUGUACAAUUUGUUGCAAAAUGUUCCAAUAUAAAUCUCAAUUAAAAAAACACAUUCUAACUCACAGUACGCUGUUGCCAUACAAAUGUGAGCUUUGCCAAAAAGGCUUGAAAUCAGCACAAUCUUUAAGGCAGCACAUGUUCAAACGUCAUGAAGAGGGGGGGCGAGAGGUGACCAAGGUAAAGUGUCAAGUGUGUGGUAAAUUGUAUGCAAAUAAGAAAUCCCUUAAUGUACAUAUACGCUUGCAUACGAAUGAAAGACCUUUCAAGUGCGACUUUGAUUUAUGCAAUCAAACGUUUCGUACUUCAGGCCAUCUUGUGGCACAUCAAAAGGCAAAACAACAUAGUUUAUAAAUUAUUUUAUUUUUUUAUUGAAUUCAUUUCUUUAAUUUUAUAUCAUUUGUUUUGUUUUAUCAAACAUAAAAAACUUGUAUAUUCAUUUGUUUAUUUUUAUGCUUGCUUUUUUUCAUUUGUUUUUUUUUUUUGUUAUGUUAAAAAAUAAUAAAAAUAAUUCUCAUAAAAAUCAUAAAUAAAAGAGCUACAUUUUCUUUUUGAAGCACUACAAUA